UUCACUUCCAUCUUCCUCCACAAACAUAACUGAAACCUCUCUCUCUCUCUCUCUCUCUCUCUCUACAUUUUCAAUUUCAUCUUUGUCCACAAGAAUUGAAACAAAAACACCCCACUUUCAUUCUCUCUUAACACCAGAGAGUAUGCCAAUGGGAAAGUCCCGUAUUAGCAAGAGGUCUUCUUCCUCUUCAAAUUCGUACGCAUCAACAGCAACAACAUUGGUGUUUUUAGCACUAUGUGUUUUGGGUGUAUGGAUGCUAAGCUCUAAUUCUGUAACUCCCCCAGAAACAACCACUCGCAACACUAUAACCAGAAAGGAACCCCAAACCACCACCAACACCAAGUCCAAUCUUCCUGCCUUUGAAGACAAUCCAGGUGAUCUCCCUGACGAUGCCAUUAAAUCUGAUGAUGAAGUUAACGAUAUUAAUGGUGGUAAGUCUCAGCAAGAUCAGAAGGUGGCGAUAUUGCCAGAGAUUUCCAAGGACUCCAUUGUGGAUAAUGGUGGUGAUGCCAUAAUUACUGACAAACAAGAAUCAUCUGCAGAAGAUUUACAUGGAAAAGAAUCUACUGAGGAGCAGGAAAAGCAGAAAGAAAGCGAGAAUCAGAAUACUGAGGAAAGCUCUUUCACUCAAAACCAACGAAUUGAAGAAAUAACCUCCGAGGAAAGCAAGCAAACAAGUAAUAAUAAUGAAGAAAGCGAGCAAAACAGAGUUUCGGAAGAGAACAAUGUUGAAAAUCAAAAACCAAAUGAAAAUAUUCAGAUGCCUGAUGAAUUAGAUCAAGAAAAAAGCUUACAACAGCAACUGAAAGAAGAUGAAAGCCGUGAAAACACCCAAGAAUCUCAGUAUAAUGAAGAUCAACAACAACAACCAAAAGACGUGGAAAUGAGCAAUAUUGAAGAAAAGCCUGAGACUCAACCACAGAAAGCGUACCAAGACGAAUCUCAACAAUCCCAAGCUGGGAAUCAAGAAACGCAGCAAAAAGAAGACAACAAAGAGGAGGGAAACACUGAAAGCAACAAGGGAACUGAGUCAAACACGGUCGAGACAUUCCCUGCUGUAGAGAACACGGUGAUUCCAAAAGAGUCUAAAGAGUCAAAGAAAUCGUGGGCGACUCAGGCAACUCAAUCAGCGAACGAGAAAGAGAGACGCAAAGACAAGUCGAGCGGGAACGAGGGUAUGUAUGAGACCACGUGGCAGCUAUGUAACGUGACAGCUGGUCCUGAUUUUAUACCAUGUUUGGACAACGAGAAAGCUGUGAAAAAAUUGCGUAGUACCAAACACUUCGAGCACAGAGAGAGGCAUUGUCCUGAAGAGGGACCCACUUGCCUUGUCCCAGUUCCGGAGGGUUAUAAAAAACCCAUCGAGUGGCCCAAAAGCAGAGAUAAGAUAUGGUACCACAAUGUACCACACACGAAGCUUGCGGAGGUGAAGGGGCACCAAAAUUGGGUUAAGGUGACCGGUGAGUUCUUAACUUUUCCUGGUGGUGGGACUCAGUUCAUACAUGGUGCGCUCCACUACAUUGAUUUUGUUCAACAGUCAGUACCUGCCAUCUCUUGGGGGAAGCAAACUCGAGUCAUUUUGGACGUUGGCUGCGGUGUUGCCAGCUUUGGGGGUUAUCUUUUCGACAGAAAUGUUAUUGCAAUGUCUUUUGCACCCAAAGAUGAACAUGAGGCUCAAGUUCAGUUUGCCCUUGAAAGAGGAAUACCUGCAAUAUCCGCUGUCAUGGGUUCUCAGCGCCUUCAAUUCCCAAGCAGGGUCUUUGAUGUUGUGCACUGUGCACGUUGUAGAGUGCCUUGGCAUGCAGACGAUGGUUUGCAUCUUUUGGAAUUGAACCGCGUUCUAAGACCAGGGGGUUAUUUUGUCUGGUCUGCUACUCCAGUGUACCAAAAGCUCCCAGAAGAUGUGGAAAUCUGGAAGGCAAUGUCUUCACUGACGGCCUCCAUGUGUUGGGAGCUGGUCACCAUAAAGAAGGAUAAACUAAAUUCUGUUGGAGCUGCCAUCUACCGCAAACCUACCACAAACAAUUGCUAUAACCAGAGAAAACAUAAACGUCCACCAAUGUGCAAAGAAGAUGAUGAUCCAAAUGCAGCCUGGUAUGUGCCACUGCAGGCAUGCAUGCAUCCAGUGCCCGUUGACAAUGCUGAGAGAGGCACCAAAUGGCCUGAGCCUUGGCCUCGUCGAGUACAGACACCUCCUUACUGGUUAAACAGUUCCCAGAUGGGAAUUUAUGGGAAACCAUCUCCUCAAGACUUUGCCACAGACCAUGAACAUUGGAAGCGAGUGGUGAGCAAGUCAUAUUUGACCAGUUUAGGCAUCAGCUGGUCCAAUGUGAGAAAUGUCAUGGACAUGAGAGCAGUCUAUGGGGGAUUUGCAGCAGCUCUAAAGGACCUUCCAGUAUGGGUCAUGAAUGUGGUGAACAUAGACUCUCCAGAUACACUUCCCAUUAUCUUUGAGCGAGGUCUUUUUGGCAUAUACCAUGAUUGGUGUGAAUCCUUCAGCACAUACCCACGCACUUACGAUCUACUGCAUGCUGAUCAUCUAUUCUCAAGGCUGAAAAAGAGGUGCAAACUUGCUCCUGUAAUGGCAGAGGUUGAUAGAAUAGUCAGACCUGGAGGUAAAUUGAUUGUCCGUGACGAGUCCAGUAUUUUUCGGGAGGUUGAGAACUUGCUGAAGUCUCUGCACUGGGAGGUUCACGUAACCAUCUCCAAGAACCAAGAAGGGUUGCUCAGUGCACAGAAAGGCGAUUGGCGGCCAGACACAUAUGUAGAUUCUUCCUGAUCAUGGAGAGAACAUAGGUUUUUGGUUCUAGUUUAUAUGGUACUCUCUGACAUUUUGAAGGCUAGCAUCUUUAGCGCAGUAGUUAUCAUUGAAGUGUAACAUCAUUUGCUGUAUUCAGCAGGUAGAUGAAUUUGUUACAUCAAAAUUGUUAGUAUUUUGUAAAACUGUGAGAUAUAUAUUCAAUGGAAAGUGAUUUAAGUUGCCAAUUGGCAAAAAUUAUUAAUCUUAAAUCCAGAAUACUUGGAUAUAA